CCAGUAGCAUCGGCUCAUGCUGUCAUACCGUAUGGCCUCAACUUACACUCAAUAGAGCUACAAAUGAACGUAGUAAAGCAUGUGCCCGGCAGUUUACUCCAGGAUUUCGAACCGGUUGCUUCACUUGAGCUCCGAUACUCGUUUCACUCUCGUUCCGGCCAACACCUACCUGAUUAAAUUACCCCAACAGGUUUACUUAUAAUUACUACUUACAAAUGUGAUUUAUCGAAACCUGUCAUUCGAUUACCGAUUUUACAUUUACAUCAGCAACAAAAUGGACCACCUGAAUCAUACCACCGUUCCAACAAUACAUGAAAAGUCUAGGAUGACGACAACGGCAACACUCACAGCAGAAAAAGAAGACACGAUUUUUACUCUUAUCCUCGUGGUAAUCGGGGUGAUAGUCGCGAUAAUUAUUCUGUUUUCUAUGGGCGUAUUUUUGGAUUGCAGGCAUCAAAAACAUAAUGCGAAUAAUAACAAACCGUUGCGCAUGAAAGCCCCAACGCUGGCGCGCAAAAAGAAGCGGAUGGACGAUGAAAAAUCUCUGGCCUCGGAUAUGUAUCCCAGCGGAUUGACGGAUUACGGAGCGGGAGCCUUAGACGUUGUAGUUUAAAUAAGAAAAAAUAUAUGUAUAUAUUUAAAUGAAUAUUGUUAAUUAAUAUAUGAGGUAUUAUAUUGGAUAUUUUUUUCCAUUGCGGAAUAUGCUAAGUCGGCAUUGUUAUCUUAGCAGAGAAUUAAAAUGUUGACGUCAGAGAAAAAAAAGUGAGCUAUUGGAAUUUACAGUGAAUCGAUGAGUAAAUUUGUGGAUGCAAAUAACCCGCGAUAAAACAAUUAACGGAUUUCGGAUACAUUAUCAUGACUGUGAUAUAAAUUAUAAUUUUUUUUUACGUCAGUUUGCUCAACUGUCAGAAUAAUAAUUAUUAAUUAUACAAACAAUAACAAAGCUAUUGUCUACAGGUUUAAAUCGCUUGUAGAUCGUAAGCGUUAUUUCAAGAUAAUCUUGUUCUUAAAUAAUAUUUAUAGCAACGUGUGCCAUAUAUAUAUUCACACAGAUUAUAUCUUAAUAAUUAUUUAGCUAACAGAACUAAUAAACUUACGGCUACACUCGGUAAAUAAUUACACAAAUAAUUAUCUUUAUUUAACUUUUUUUUUCGUUUGUAAAACAAACAUUUAUUUGUUGUUUUUGUAGUAUAAAAAAAUCAGGAAAAAUAUCAAUACCAAAGUUAUUAAUUUUUAUGCCCGCAUUUACAAUAUUC